UUUCCACUCUGUAGAACAAAUAACAAUAGCAGCACUAAAAGCUGGGAAAUUCAUCCUCUAAUCUUCGAAAUUUCCAAGAUUUACUCACUGUUCUUCAAAUUUGUGCAGCUCCAAAAGCUGCCUUUGUUUUUUACUCGUCCUCUAAAAGAGUCGCCUUUUUUUUUCUUUGUUCGUCUUUUUUGACUUCCAAGUCCAGCCCAACAUGUCAAGUUUGAAUACCUCAUCAUGAGUUGAAACUUCUAAUCCCAAUCCAUUUCCACAUGCCAUUGGCAUACCAAUAUUAAUUCUUGAACUUCAAGUAGCUCUUAAACUCUUAAUGUCUUCUGAAGAUUCUUGAGGUCAUAGUGUUUUCUUGCAGGUACCUCUCCUCGUUCAUUGUUGGCAAGCGAAGGUUGGUGCAAGUUGAGCAUCGGAGUAGUUUCUUGCAGAUACCCUCUCGCUCAUCGUGUUGGCAAGCGAAGGUUGGUGCAAGUUGAGCAUCAGAGUAUUUUCUUGCAGAUACCCUCUCGCUCAUCGUGUUGGCAAGCGAAGGUUGGCGUCCGGCUUCUCAACGUGUGGAUUGAAGAUAUUUGUUAAAGAACUCGAAUUUUUUUGCUCCAACACAUCCUCACCAGUUCCUUGAUCAAUCAAAGAUAAUCAACAUGUGCUCAGAAACUAGUCCUCCCAGAUUAUCUUUCUCCCAUGACCUUGGACAACCAGAUGUUCUACCAGUUGGUCGGAGAGACGCAUCACUCUUGGACAUGAACUGUGACUUUGAGUUCAGCUUCAGCAGAAGCAGCUUCGAACGUCAGUCUUCCUCCGCCGACGAGCUGUUUUUGCACGGCGUAAUCCUCCCUAUGCAGCCGAAAGAAAAGGUUUCGAACAGCGAAGUCAAAAGUUAUUCUUCUUCUGCUCCUCUUCCAAGUCAUCUUCCAAUCUAUGACAAUCAAAAUCCAAAGAAAGAGAGCAAGAACUCGAAGGAAGAUAUAGAUUCGAGUUCCGAUCAUUUCGAGAAGAAGCCUCAGUCGAAAUCUUUCUGGGGAUUCAAGAGAAGCACCAGCCUCAAUCAAGAAAACAAGAAAAGUUUAUUUUGCUCAUUGCAACUCUUGUCAAGAAGCAACUCGACCGGAUCAGCUCCGAAUCCGAAAAAGGCUAUUUUUAAGGAUGUUCAUAAACAAAAACAGACGUCGAAUAUUUCAACGUUGAAGUCAGCAUCAUGUUCAUCAUCUUCUUCUUCAUCGUCGUCGUUGAACCCGCAUGCACCGCUGGUGCCGAGGCCGCCGUUGAGGAAGGGAUACAAUGGAUCGUCUUAUUACGGCAACGGGGUUCGAGUUAGUCCUGUGUUGAAUGUACCAUCUCCUUACAUUUCUAAAGGAACCGCAAAGCUCUUUUGUUUGGGUUCUUUUUUACACCCCGGUAAAGAUAAAAAGGGCAAGAAAUGACUUAUGUUCGAUUACAAGCGAUAUUACCAUUCUAGACUUUUGUUCACUUGCUUCCUUGUCAAAUGUUUCAGUGUACUUGGAAAGAAGGAAGCAAUGUUUAGCUUAUAGAAACUCACUUGUAAUACCGGUUGGUAGUUAAAUUUAGUAUACGUGAUUAGAUUGAGAUAUCGAGUUAAUAAUAUUAUUGAGUUAAAAGAGUGGAUGAAUAGAGGGGCUUGGAAGGUUUUAACGUGUUAAAAUGUCAUUAGAUAGGAGACACGACAUGUAUCCCUAUUAUUAAGGAUUUGUCUUCAUUGUGGUGGGAUAA